AUGCGGAUCAGCACCUCCAAGUCGAGGCCAUCUCUGCCGGAAACCGGUCUGUCUGCCUGCCUGUCUGUCUGUCUGUCUGUCUGUCUGUCUGUCUGCCUGUCUGCCUGUCUGCCUGCCUGUCUGUCUGCCUGUCUGCCUGUCUGCCUGUCUGUCUGUCUGCCUGUCUGCCUGUCUGUCUGCCUGUCUGCCUGUCUGUCUGUAUGUCUGCCUGUCUGCCUGUCUGCCUGUCUGCCUGUCUGCCUGCCUGUCUGUCUGUCUGUCUGCCUGUCUGCCUGUCUGCCUGUCUGCCUGUCUGUCUGUCUGUCUGCCUGUCUGCCUGUCUGCCUGUCUGUCUGCCUGUCUGCCUGUCUGCCUGCCUGUCUGCCUGUCUGUCUGUAUGUCUGCCUGUCUGCCUGUCUGCCUGUCUGCCUGUCUGUCUGUCUGUCUGUCUGUCUGCCUGUCUGCCUGUCUGUCUGUCUGUCUGCCUGUCUGCCUGUCUGUCUGCCUGUCUGUCUAUCUGUCUGCCUGUCUGCCUGUCUGUCUGUCUGUCUGCCUGCCUGCCUGCCUGCCUGCCUGUCUGUCUGUCUGUCUGCCUGCCUGUCUGCCUGUCUGUCUGCCUGUCUGCCUGUCUGUCUGUAUGUCUGCCUGUCUGCCUGUCUGCCUGUCUGCCUGCCUGUCUGUCUGUCUGUCUGUCUGCCUGUCUGCCUGUCUGUCUGUCUGUCUGCCUGCCUGCCUGCCUGUCUGUCUGUCUGCCUGUCUGUCUGUCUGUCUGUCUGUCUGUCUCUCCAGGCGGAUGAGAUCAAAAAGCUGCUUGGGGACAAGUCCAGCUUGUACCAGUCUGGCCUCGUAAUCAGUGGGCUGCAGUGCCGGUUUCUCAGAGAGAUAGAUGAGAACGGCAUUCCCAUCUUUGCCCUGAAGACGAAGGUCGACGAUGCCGGCAACUCGUUCAACAUCUGCGUGGCACAGACCAAACAGGCUCUGGUCAUCGGCAAGGGCGAAAAUGGGGCAUCGGGCGGCCAGGUGAACGACAAGGUGGUCAAAAUGGCCCAGCACCUGAAGAGGGCAAACUUUUGAGACUGGACGGUCGCCUCCUCCUCCACCUCCUCUGUUUGACCUCACAGCUGUAUUCUGUCGUCCUCAGGGAUCGAUGACGGUGUGCAGAGUCCGUGUUGUGAUGCAAUGACUGUGCACACACAUGUUUAGAGCAGGAAGCUCUAAACUAUUCACAGUCAGCUGAUCCAAAUAAAGACCAUCAUGUUUAUUCUGACA